GAAUGUGUGGGAAAGAUAAAAUUUUGUGAGGUUGAAGAGAGAAGAGGGAGAGGGAGAGGGAGAGGAAGGGCAAGUGAGACAAUGAAUACUUUCUUUAUUUCUGCAUGUUCUCCUCCAAUCCCAAAUCCUCCUCUCUCCAAGGAAAGAAAAGUCACUACAUUGGUGCCUCCUCAAGCCAAUAGGUCCACAUUCCUAACCAGCUUGGCAGCUCCCCUGCUCGCUGCUUUUCUCGCUUUAUCUCCCCUCCACUGCACACCAGUGUCAUGGGUACAGGUUGGCGAGGUUCACAAGGGGGCGGCUUUGUUUCAGAAAGCUUGCAUUGGAUGCCACGAUGGAGGUGGAAACUUUUUGCAGCCCGGUGCAACACUCUUCACAAAGGAUCUUCAAAGGAAUGGCGUUGCAACUGAGGACGACAUAUACAACCUGACAUAUUAUGGGAAAGGAAGAAUGCCAGGGUUUGGAGAGAAGUGUGCUCCAAGGGGUCAAUGCACAUUUGGUGAUAGGCUCCAUGAUGACGAGAUCAAGCUGCUGGCUGAGUUCGUCAAGUCACAGGCUGACCGAGAUUGGACAAACAUUGAUCCAACGGAUUGAUCCCUGCAAAACCAAUUUACCGCUCUAAAUCGAGUUGUUCAAAGAAAAGAACAAUGCACAUACAUAACCAUAUGCAUGUGUAUGUGCAUCUAUAUGCAUGAUGCAUGUAUUUAAUCAUACAUUGACAUUAUGGAUAAUGGUUCAAUCCCAUGGAUACAUGUGUUUUCUCAAAUGCCCAUAUGAGUGCUUACACAUGCGAGUAUGUUCGGGCUUUAGUACUCAAGAGAGUUUGAAUAUUGUCUUUCUUUUAAAUAUUACAUGUGCUGCUAUCAUGGCACAAACACAUGUAUGUGUCGAUAAUGUUUUUCUACUUUUCAUGUCAAUUUAGAGUUAUCCAUAUGGAAAUCGGCAAAAUUUUAUCACGUAGAACGGUUUGCUAAAUA